UUACCCAAUUUUCAGCACCAUUGCCGUUUAAAUAUUAUCAGUGAAGUUUAUCUGUGCAAUUAUCCUGUCUUAAUUCAUGAACUGCGUAUAUUUGUGGUAACUCUCACGUUGUGAAGCUAAUUUCAUUUCAGAAAGUCAUAAAGCUACAUGAUGGAGGCAAACCAUAUCUUUAUACAGCUUCUUGUAAUUGUUGUACUGACUGCAAACCAUAAAUCUAGAGCUGAAAUUGUGCGAAGACUCGGAAAGCCCGCGCUACAAAUACUGGCAAUCAACAAAUCACUGGACGCCCAUGACGGAGUGUACAAUGGCGCUUUCAACGGCCCAGCUGACACAGAGUUUGAAUUCACAGGCAGGUCAAUUGAAGUCAACAAAGGAGAAAACAACGUUUUCUCGGCCCUAAUGACAACAAGGGAGAAAAGUUUCAAUGCAAACAGUCCGUAUGGUUCCCGGAUGUUAACCAUAAAGUCAAAUCCCACGAAAGAAACCCUGUCGGUGUUCAUUGAUCUAAACUCAAAAUCCCGCACACAAACAACAUUUCCAAUCAACAAUUGCCAAAUUGGAAUAGAAAAGCUUGAAAAUGGUAAUCAAACACAAUACAAAGCUACAGUGAAGAAUUGUGCAGUUGAAGACGGAUUUGAGAAGUAUUUCAUGCUAACUCUUAAGUUCAAACCGUGGGGGUCAUCAACGAUACAUUCCACAGAAGAGCUGAAUGUUCAGAAUAUUGAAGAUUUCAAAUACGCCAAAACUUAUUACACCAGCGAUGCUAUAGAUACUUUUUACACCAUUCUCAACAAUCCUGCAUUGGAGGCUGACGGAGUUACCACUACAGACUUUCAGUUCCAAGUUUCCUACUGGAAUUCCUCCCGUGUAGGUGAUGAUAUUGUUGCAAACUAUUACUGGAAAUACAAUAUCUGAAUACAAACAUCAUCGUAAAGGCAAUUCAGCUCAGAAACUGUUUAUUUCAUUGGUUGGUUUUACCUGCGAAUUCUUAUAUACCUAAAAUAUUUUUUUAGUGUAAUAUAAGAUGUGUUAUGGUUGAACACGGAUGUAUUACUUUUUGAUGAACCAUACUACAAUAUGUGAUUCAAAGAUUCUAUUUAAUAUUUUGUUUAAUUUGUACCCUAAAAAAUAAACCAGUGUAUGCUUCAAACGGUGUGUUGAGUUUUCUGCUCCAACCAUAACCUUCUUUUAUCUGAGAAACACAUACUCAUAUUCGCUUAACAGCUGGUUCAUUUUAUUUUUAAUACAUGUAAGAUUGUUGUUGUUUAAAAAUCUACGAUUUUUGACUUUUUUUAUAUAACAGGUUUCAAAUUUGAAAAAAAAAAUAAAUGAAGUAAAAUUUUGGUU